CGCCCCGCCCCAAGAUGGCGCCCGCCGCCCCGGAAGCGGCGCUUGAGGCGGCUUCCGGCGGCGAGCGGCGGCCAUGGCGGCGACGCGGCUGGAGCUGAACCUGAUGCGGUUGCUGAGCCGGUGCGAGGCGCUGGCGGCCGAGCGGCGGGACCCCGAGGAGUGGCGGCUGGAGAAGUACGUGGCGGCUCUGGAGGACAUGCUGCGCGAGCUGAAGAAGCAGGCCAGCAAGCCUGCCCCAGAACUGCUGAAUGAAUACUCCCGCAAAGUGGACUUCCUAAAGGGACUCUUAGAAGCUGAAAAAUUGUCAUCAUCAACUGAAAAGGCGCUGGCUAAUCAGUUCUUGGCCCCUGGACGUACCCCUACAACAAUCAAAGAGAGAACCCCAGCCACCAAAACAGUUCAUCUGCAGACAAAGGCUCGUUGCACAGGCAAGAUGAGGAGUGAGCUGCUUGGUACAGAUCCCUCGGCUAUCAGUGAUUCUGAGGAGUUGAAUGUAAGGAAGAGGAAAGGCCUUGCGUCUGAUGAGAAGCAGUCUGCAGUUGAGCUAGAUGCUGUGUUGCAACGCCAUCAGGAUAUGCAGGAGAAGUUAGCUGAAGAAAUGCUAAGUUUGGCUCGGAGUCUGAAAAACAACACUCUGGCUGCACAGAACGUGAUAAAACAAGAUAACCAGACUUUAUCACAUUCCCUCAGAAUGGCAGACCAGAACUUUGAGAAGCUCAAGGAUGAAUCUGACCGCCUUGAACAGCAUGCAAAGAAAUCGGUCAACUGGCUACUUUGGAUAAUGUUAAUUGUAGUUUGUUUUAUAUUCAUCAGUAUGAUCCUCUUUAUCAGAAUUUUCCCCAAACUAAAAUGAUUUUUUACAACUGCCAGAAGUGACAGUUGGAAAGUUUGCCUGGUAUGAUAUAUGCUGCCUUGCAAUGACAUUGAUUAUUGACAAUCUGCCACCUAUCAUGUCCCAAAAGAGGUCAUCCAAGGUCUACCCUUGCAUCUCUUUCUUGUGCCAUCACGGGAUUCAGUGAACGAUUUCAUGAGGAAGAUUUGCUGGGCUUGGAUAUUUGGUUAUUUCUUUUACUUAGUUAAUAUUGUUGCCUAUUUCUUGAGAAAAGAACUGGGAUAAAGAUGGCAGAUUACACUGAGCUCCUAAAAAGUUCCUUAGAGAGGUGCUAUCCUCUGUCUUUUUAAUGCAGUUGUGUCAAACACUAUGACUCCUCUGAAAGGAGUUUUACUCAAUACAAAUUUAAAUAAGUCAGUUGAAGUCAUAUGAUUUUUCCUGUGUUUACAGCUCUCCGGUACUGAACCAGGGCCAUGCUGCAAACAGGAUACUUGAUGACAAAGGUUAUACACCUAUACUACUGCAGGGUGUAGGGAGAGAACGCUGCCAUUGAGUUGCUAGCCUGGCUGAGAUUCAGAGUGGUGACAGGUAAAACUAAUCUCAGGCUUGCCUUUGUCCCAGACGGGUGUUUGUCAUUGCAAUCUUCCUCAGCUUAGUUACUAUAGAAGGGCUGAAGCCGCGUGAAGUGUUUGCUUCCCUUUUUGUGUGCACAAAUGUUCUCAGUGAGUCAUUGAUAUAUAUCGAUGCUGUUGUAUCAAGAAUAGGCUGUGACCCUUGCACUGUGGAGCCGUACACAGAGGGACUCUCCAUAUGGCACAGAUCUCACCUGCGUGAGUAUUGUUUCGCUGUAGAACGAGGGCACAGGAAGCAGAUGUCUUCAAGAUAUAAAAUAUUCAGCUAUUAUUUUUUGGGACAGGCUAUUCUGGUCAAGAGUGGUCAUGUCAAAAUUGUAUUCCUAAGAGAUCACUGCCGUAAAGCAGAGAUGAAAUAGAUCAGAAUGAAUACUCGACUGUGUGAGAGCCAUCUUCAAGUGUUUGUGAUAAGCUGGAAGCAAAACACUCUGCCUUGUGGGCUAUAGUUUCUGGGAGUGUUACUCAAGUGUUGGUAUUUAAAUGUGUAGAGUGUUUCACAUACUGAGAAGUGAGGAGUAAAAGACAAUUCCAAAAUGUUCCUUUGGCAUUUCUAUUGCUGAACCACUAGAUGGGGUAUUUUAGACCUUCCAGAGCAGCUCUGGAUCAAGGAGGAGGAAAAGCUCUGUUUGUCACAACAAUGGAGUUUCUAUGACUGGUUCAACACAGAAUUGAAUAUUUCAGAAUUACUCUUUGUUCUUUACAAAAGCAACCAUGUUAAGUAGACACUAACUUUUUUACACAAAGUAUUUUUUAUUAUUUAACUGGAUGUGUACACAGUUUAGUAUGCCAGUCAUUUAUGCAUUGUCAAAUGAUUGAUUUUGCUAUGAAGUAUGGCUUUUGCUUCUUCUAGCUAUUCAUCUGUGCAGCUUGAGCAACCUCUUAUGAUAAACUCUUAAAUAAAUGUAUAGUUGUAGCAGUUAAUAAUUUAUGGAGGUUUCUGCUUCUCCCAGAACUUCUUCUUGAACUGUAAUGUCUGGCUCUUUACUGUGUCUCAUUAGUGAAUGCUGGGUCACAACAUUAUUUUCUAAUUCUGAUUGUUUAUUACUUUCCCUGCAGUGCUGAGCUCUUCUUUUAGAGCAGAGGUUGAAGUUAGUACUGGGGUUUAUUUUGAGUGUUAUUGGAAUGAUAGAACAUUAAUGCUGCAUCAUUGUCUACAACAUUUUCCCUGUUAUUACUUGAAAUAAACUGUUUUUUCCAGAUUGCAAAA